AAUUUGGGCAAGUCAAAGGUAUUUCUGCCAUAGCCGUCGUUCCACCUUCUUCAGAAGGAACAAUCAAACGUGUGUUUGAGCUGCAGCUGCACCCAAUUUACAGAGAAGAUGAAGAUCACGGCGUUGCUUGUUCUUAAAUGCAAUCCCGAUGGAUCGUCGGAUCCGGUGAUCCUAGCAAAUGCCACGGACGUCAGCCAUUUCGGUUACUUCCAGAGGUCUAGCGUCAAGGAAUUCAUAGUCUUUGUUGGUCGUACAGUCGCUAAACGUACGCCUCCAUCGCAACGUCAAUCCGUUCAACACGAAGAAUACAAGGUGCAUUCCUACAAUAGAAAUGGUCUUUGUGCUUUGGGCUUUAUGGAUGAUGACUAUCCCGUUCGAAGUGUGUUUUCACUUCUAAACCAAGUAUUAGACGAGUACCAAAAGAAUUUUGGUGAUUCUUGGAAAGCUGUUCAAACAGAUUGCAGUCAGGCAUGGCCAUAUUUAGAUGAAGCUUUGACCAGAUUUCAGGAUCCUGCCCAGGCAGACAAGCUGCUGAAAAUUCAGAGGGAGUUGGACGAAACAAAAAUUAUACUUCACAAGACUAUCGAUAGCGUACUUGAAAGAGGUGAAAAGCUGGACAGUUUAGUCGAGAAAAGUUCAGACCUCAGUACAGCUUCACAGAUGUUCUACAAACAGGCAAAGAAAACAAACCAAUGCUGUACAAUACUGUAAACAGAAGAUGGUUAUGAUUGGAUUAUAUAUGUUCUAUUUUCAUACUUUUUCUGUUGCUUCUUGGGAUUGAAUGUAAAAUCUUUGAUACCCAUGUGAUAUAUGUUUGAUACAAUUUGUAACCUAUGUUGGAUUCAUGUAUAAAAAUUAAAAUACAUCCCUUUUUUAAUUA